AUGGCUCGAUCAAUUAUCUUGGCUCUUCUUCUCUCCUCAACCGUCCUUGCAUCCAAUCCCCUCUUCGGCGCCUACCCCACUGAUCAAUGCGACACAUGUUUCGACCAAACCUAUGAGAGCUGCCCAGGCGACUACCAAACACGUUCUUACGCAACAUGCAUGUGCGCAGGCGAUGGUAGCGCUAAUUUUGUCUCCUGCGUAUCAUCUUGCGACCCAAGCCUAAAUGAACCCGCCAUUGCAAGCGCUGCAUACUAUAGGUACUGUCUCUUGUUCUUCAAGCAGCUGUGUGAUGGUGCACAGCAGUUUGUGGAUGAUGAGACUUAUGCAGAACAGUGCUCCAAGGAGGCUAUCGAAGCUGGGGGUAUUGGAGAGAAGGAAAAUGGUGGCGGCUCUGGAGAUGAUGAUGACUCUGAGAAGGAGAGUGACUCUAAUGGUGACGAUGAUUCUGAUGACAGUAGUACUGCCAUCGUGGUGCCAACAAAGACAAACGAGUCAACCAGCGAAAAGACCAACGAGACAGAUGCAGCGACCACGACAGGCGACGCCAGCAAGACAUCCGAGACAGCUCAGACAACAUCCGGUGCAAAGGCAACAGCUAUUCCAGCGAUGGCUCUCUUUGCUGGUCUCGGACUGCAGUUGAUCAAUGUCUAA